AUGCCAUAUCUCCCACCUCAUUUGAGAGGGCCGAACGGUGCAGGUGCUUACACCUCUUACGGACAGUCACCAACCCGUCCACUGCGUAGCGCUGACAGAUUAAAGCCAGAUGUUUUCAUUCGUGGUGGUUUAGGUGGUGGUGGGGUUGGGCGAUGUGCUAGGUUUGUCCAUAGUCGUCCCACCUACAAGGGACGGGUUUCAGAUGGCUACUGUAGUGCAUUUUCAAAUUCAGCCACUCGAAUGCAACGUUAUGCAUUGUCAAAUAAUACAUCAACGAGAAUGUCCAUGCCACAUCAUGGCAAAUUUUCAUGUGAUAGACGAACGAUGCACGAUGAGCAGCAGUGGGGAUCACAGCAUCAAGGAGGUGGUGGAGGAUUCAGACGUCAAGAGAACGACGUGCCUGAGUUGGUUUUUCAGAGAAUGCUUCCAGCAAUUUGUUGUUUGCUUCGGCAAACAACUCUCAUAAAACUUUCAACUCAAGCAAACAUGGCAACAAAAAUGACCGACCGUUUCAUUAGUGCAAAGCUGAUGGCUUAG